AUGGAAGAGAGAAAUAAUGAUGCUGAAAAACUUGAUGAAGUUAUGCUACCUGGGUUCAGGUUUCAUCCAACUGAUGAGGAGCUUGUAGGGUUUUACCUCAAGAGGAAGAUCCAGCAACGCCCUUUGACUAUUGAGCUCAUCAAGCAGCUUGAUAUUUAUAAAUAUGACCCUUGGGAUCUUCCAAAGUUGGCUACCACAGGAGAGAAAGAGUGGUAUUUCUAUUGUCCCAGGGACAGAAAAUACAGAAACAGUGCAAGGCCUAAUAGGGUAACUGGAGCUGGGUUCUGGAAAGCUACAGGGACUGAUAGGCCGAUCUACUCCUCAGAAGGUUCCAAGUGCAUUGGCCUGAAGAAAUCUCUAGUGUUUUACAAGGGUAGAGCUGCCAAAGGAGUUAAAACUGAUUGGAUGAUGCAUGAGUUCAGGCUCCCUUCUCUCACCGACUCACUAUCCUCAAAGUACAUAGACAAGACCAUUCCUGCUAACGAAUCAUGGGCUAUCUGCAGGAUUUUCAAGAAAACCAAUUCUACAGCUCAAAGAGCUUUAUCUCACUCUUGGGUCUCUUCCCUCCCUGAAAGAAGAACCUCUGAUCAUAUCCUUACCAAAGUUCAAGACAGCACCCAGUUUUGUUCAGACAACAUGUCAUUGUCAAAGAAAACCACCUUAGCUAGCCAGUACUGUACUAACAAUUACAAUGAUGCACAACCUUUAACCCCUUAUAGUAGUAGUACACUUUGUCCCUUAGGUGUUGCCUCAUACAAAUCCAUCAUUAACCCAUUGCUUUACAAAGCCUUUGAUCAUUUUCCCAUUUCAAAUGGAGACCUUAGCACGAGCUUGCUAUUCUCAUCUCCUUUUGAAACAUCAGAUAGUAAUACUAACGCCAAAUCUAUAACGGACGUUUCUUCCAUGUUAUUGAACAUGUCAUCCUCCGUGCUUGGAGAUUUCAAUAAAACUUCAGAGGACAAUACAAAUACCAGUACAAGCUUUGGUGGGGUGCAAGAGCACUGUAGUGGCUACCCAAUGCCAUUUCUACGUGAGAUGCAAACCACGUUUUGUGACCAACAAUAUGAUAAUAUUAAUGCAUUGGUAAAGCCUCCAAAUGUCAAUGUGCCUCGUGUUGAUGACCAAGAGCUAGAGUUGGAGUUGGAAACAGUACGAUCCAUUGGACUUCCAUUCAGUGGCAUGCCAUUCAAUAUUGGCGAUGCAUGGAAGUCAAAUAUGCUUUGGGAUACUUCCACUUUUCCUUGUGAUGUGCCAUCUAGUUAUUCCACAACUAAGUGCUAUACUUAG